CACCCCUAACCGCAAAGAUUGCCGGGAGUAUCCUCUCUCUCUGCUCCGCCAUCUUGAAAUAAAAGUAGCGGAGCACACCUUACCUCAUCUCGAGGUGUUUUCGGAGGCUUGUUAGAAACAUGUCGUCCCAAAAUGAGUUUUUGAGCAAAGCAGAGGAUGUUGCCGACCAGGUGUUGCGAAAAAGUAAACAUGUUUUACCGCAUAUUGCUCGUCUCUGCCUAAUUAGUACUUUCUUAGAAGACGGUAUUCGUAUGUGGCUUCAGUGGAAUGAACAGAGGGAUUAUAUUGACACAACAUGGGGAUGUGGUUACAUUCUAAGUUCACUAUUCGUGUUAAUAAACCUGAUUGGACAGAUUGGUGGCUGUGUCAUGGUUUUAAGUAGAAAACAAGUUCCAGUAGCAUGCGGUAUUCUAAUGGGCAUUAUCACACUGCAGACUGUUGCUUAUAGUAUUUUAUGGGACUUCAAAUUUUUAAUGAGGAAUCUAGCUCUUGCCGGUGGUAUCAUACUUCUUUUGGCAGAGAGUCGUGUUGAAGGCAAAAGUUUAUUUGCUGGCGUGCCCACGCUGGGAGAUAACAGCCCAAAGAACUACCUGCAACUCAGUGGACGUAUCUUACUAGUUUUGAUGUUCAUGACAUUGUUGCGUUUCGAGUUUUCUCCAUGGCAGAUGCUACAAAACAUCAUUGGCUCAGCCCUGAUUCUCUGCGUUGCUGUGGGUUUCAAGACAAAACUUUCAGCUUUAGUUCUGGUACUCUGGUUAACUUGUCUUAAUAUGUAUUUUAAUGCUUGGUGGAAUAUCCCACAGUAUAGGCCAAUGAGAGAUUUUCUAAAAUACGACUUUUUUCAAACGCUGUCUGUCAUAGGGGGCUUGUUACUUGUAGUCGCCCUCGGCCCAGGUGGGGUUAGUUUAGAUGAACACAAGAAAAAAUGGUAAAAUUAUAUUUUGACAAUAUGUUUAGAUUUUCGCUUUCCAGCAAAGGCCAGCUAAUGAAAUGGCCAUCUCAUUUUCAAAAAAAAAUAAAGACUCUCAUUUGUGGAGUGGCGGUUGGGAUUUGCUGUAAAACAUGUCUUUUUUUUAAAUAGCAUGUUAUUUUUGCUAAUAUAGAUUCCCUGUAUCGUAGCAUAUUUAAAUCGUAGCAUAUUCUCACUAUGAGAAUGCAAGCAUACAUGAUGAAAAUUCAGGCUUUGAACCAAAUUCACUAAUUUGUCGCGUUUCCUGUAUCUGUUGAGAUCAAUAUUAAAAUUGUUCAGUGAUUGAAAUAUUAUGUGCUUUAUAUGAUAUGUGAUACAUGUAUGUGUAUGUUUUACUUAUCCAAUUAGCUCACUUAAACAUGUUGUAUUACGAUUUCCCUUGGCAAUCUAAAACGACAGUUAUUAGGGUUUCUAGAGGCAUGACCAACAGCAGUCCAUAUGUGACAAUGAACAGAAUACAUGUACAUUGCAUAAUCUCCCUGAAAUGCAUAGUUUAAUGUCAAAUAUGUAGCAUGUAAUUUAUACAUCAGUUCUUGAGUCUUUGUACAUCUUUGAUUUUCUCUCGAGUAUUUUUGAUAUGCAUCUACUGGUAUGCUGCAGUUCAUUGUUUUUCAUUGGAUCUCCUGAUUUUCUGAAUAUUUGUCGCUUUUUUUCUUCCACCCGUUUUUGGUUUAAUUCAUUUCAUAUCUGGUUCAGUGUGUCAGCUAUGCAGUAACUUCUUGUUAAAUUAUAUGCACUAUAAUGCAUCCACAGAAACUUGAUGCAAAAUGUACACAAUUACAUACUGUACAAUACUUUAUUUUAACAGGGUUUUCAUUGGCAGAAGUAAAAAUGACAAUUUACUUUGCUUUUUUCAGCGACAGUAACAUAAAAUAUUUUGACUUUAUUUUCCCCAUGUUUUGUCAAUCAGCCAAUUAGGUUUUGUUGACUCGCAGGAAGAUAUUUGGUACUACUGGGCAAUCGGUAUUGUAGGGAGAUUGGGAGGAAAAAAAUUGGUGGCUUUGUAAAAAAUUAAGUGAACCAUGUGGAAAAAUGAUUCCCAUUGGAUUGCUUAAAAAUAAAUUCCUCAACAUUACAUCUGAUAUUUGUCAGUCAAAAUACAAAUGAAUUAUAGGCUGGGAAAGUCGCAUGCUUUACUAACAUCUCAGUAAACUCAGUGACUGCUACUGACAUUCUCUAAUCUAAACAUUGCUCUAUACUAUGCUCUAAGAAAUAUUUUAUCUCUUGUCAUUGACAAGUUAUGAAAUUGAAUGUCUAAUGUAUUUUCUUGUUUGCAUGUGUCUUUUUACAAUUACAUGCAGACAUUCAUUACCAUGUAUUUAAUUUUUGUUGUUGACCUGUAAUCAUACUUGCACAAAUUUUAACUGAAAUUAAUAUGCAGGCACUGAAAUGAAAAUAAAGUUUAUUUACUAGAUUCUUUUGAGAUGUACAAAAACAAACUGCUGUUUAGCGUCAUUCAGUAGAAUUGUGAUGGCAAAAUUUCUUUAAAAGUUGAAUUAUUUUGAUGGCACUGUAUCAUGGCAAACGUGAUGGCUGUUCAUCACAGUUUGACGCAAAUGUGAUUAUUCUACCCAGAUAACAAAUAACAAGUUUAGCCUGGGUAUAGAGCUCUUUCAAUUGAUAUGGCUUUUAUGCACAUCUACAUCACAUUGCGUAGUUGCAUUACAUGUCUAUUUAUCGGCCUUAUAACUGAGUGAUGCAAAUGCAGGAACCUGUGCGCCAAGUUGCAUGAAAGUUGUUUCAAUUUCGUAAGACAAAUGGUUAUAAGCCGAGAAAAUAAACUUAAAUAUUCAACAUUUCGCAACAUUUCAUAAAAAUUGUGAACACUUGUAACAUGUAUUGGAGCAAAUACAAGUUUACAGUUGUUGCAAUGCUAUACUUUUAUAAUGAGAAAUGACUGCUCACUUCAUCACAUGCAUGGCUGCUCUCUUAUCUGUUCAUAUUGGUGCUAAGUGAAUGUUAUUAAAAUUGUUUUUAUUAUUUAAAUAUAUAUACUCUGCAAACUUGGCCAGGCUGGUUUAUUUUUAUGGAGUACUUAUUGUCUAUGUUCCUGGACAAAGAUUCUUGGUUAUGUGCUUCAUGGAAUUAUUAUAAAAUGUUGAUUUUUACCCCAUAGUGUAAUUGGCAAUAAAAUUAUGUAUAGAAAGUGAGGAUGUCUGUCCACAUUAUCGGUGUCUGUGUUGACUCUUGUCUGAUCAAGUCAAUGAAAGUACUAGCAGGGGGCCGACAGAAUAAGGGUUUGGUUUGGAACCUUGCACAUUUAGUAGUGUUGACAAACUAGGACAUGUACAAGCCAAAUUUACCUCCUGUGCUGGCUUGCAUCUGACACAAGUCGUCAACUUCAUAGAUAUUUGUGCUGAAUUCUGGGAAAUCAGUCGUCACAUCGUUCCAGUUACCAAUUUUGCACAAAAUAGACCUGCAUCCUUACAAAAAAAAAAAGCUGCAAAAAGUACGCUGAAUACCGAAAAAAUGUAUUUAGGCGGGAAAAUGUCAUCUGAGCGAGCUUGCAGGCACCUCACACUAAAUCUUUAAAUUUAUUGUGGUCAAGGGAUAUUUGAUGUACAAGUGUGCACAAAUUGCAUAAAAUAUUUCAUGAUUUGACUUCCAAUCAACUGACUGCAAUACUAUUCAAAUCACACUAUUCAUAAUUCAGACCAUCUAAUUAACAUACUGUAAAAUACUUUAUUUUCGCUUAGAAUUAAUUUUCGCUGAAGGAACGAUUCAGUGAAAAUAAAAUCCAGCAAAUCUUUCUAUAUUUUACAUUCAGAAAUCAGUGAAAAUAAAUUCCAUACAAAACACCCAGAAUGUCUUUUCAGCGAAAAUUAAUUCCAGCUAAAAUAAAGUAUUCUACAGUAAUCGCAAUAGUGCAAUGUAGCUGUCAGUAUGUUGAUAUAAUCUAUAGUUUCCAGAAUUUCAUGAAUUUCAGUAUGGGGUUAAAUGUGAUCGCUUUAUAAUAUAUUUUAUUCCAAUUUAAUAAUAAGUAUUGUCAUAGAAUGAAAUAUUUCCAUAUUUUAUUUACUAUUUACUAGUUAAUUAUAUAUAGAAUUUUUGGUUGUCUAAAUAAAGGAGUAUCUAAACUGGUGUACAUGAUCUGUUCAAA